AUAAAAAAUUUAAAAUAGAAGAUCUUACGAAUUACGAUGUUACGAGUGUAUUUAUUAAAAUCUUAUCACAUGAGCAUAUUGACCAAUUAGAUGAGAGCAUCAAGGCCAUUGCUUGGGUACCAUGCCAUUUAAUUUGGCUUUAUAAGUAUGACGCGCUAUUUGUUGAAAUUUAUACCAGUAAAAAAAUUCUCUCUUUCCAUUCAACUGUUCAACGUCACAACUCCAAACAGAACAAUUUUUGGACUCACUCAGUAGCAAAAAUCAGAAUUAUGUUCAGUGCUGGAUCCAGAAAAUGCCUCAGCUCAAGAGCUUUGCUGACAUCAGCCUCCCCAAGACACUAUUCUUCCCACACAGAGAGGAAAUUAGAAGGCAAGGUAGCCCUAAUCACCGGCGCCGCCAGCGGAAUCGGCCGGGAAACCGCCUCCAAAUUCAUCAGCCACGGUGCCAAAGUCAUUCUUGCCGACAUCCAAUCAGGCCCGGGCCACGAGGCGGCCCGUUUGCUCGGGCCCAAUGCCUCCUUCAUCCAAUGCGAUGUCACCAACGAGCCCGAUGUCUCCCGAGCCGUCGAUUUCUCCGUGUCGACGCACGGCCAGCUGGACAUCAUGUACAACAACGCGGGCAUCGCGUGCCGGACCCCGCCAAGCAUAACCGAGCUCGACCUCGACUCGUUUGACCGAGUCAUGUCGGUCAACGUUCGUGGAGUCUUGACCGGGGUCAAACACGCGGCCCGAGUCAUGAUCCCGCGCGGGCGCGGGGGAGUGAUCCUCUGCACGGGUAGCGUAACGGGCGUGAUGGGUGGGCUCGCGCAGCACGCGUACUCGGUUUCGAAAAGUGGGGUGAUCGGGAUCGUACGCUCCGCGGCGGCCGAGCUUUCGGGGCACGGGAUUCGAGUCAACUGCAUCUCGCCGAUGGCGAUCCCGACCAAUUUCGCGAUGGACGAGCUUAUGGAGUGUUAUCCGGGCGUGGAUCGGGAGAGGUUGGUGCGUAUGGUCCGAGAGUUGAGCUCGUUGAAAGGGGAGUAUUGUGAGGCGGGUGAUGUGGCGAACGCGGCUACUUACCUGGCGUCGGACGAUGCCAAGUUCGUGAGCGGGCAUAAUCUUGUGGUGGAUGGAGGGUUCACGUCGUUCAAGAGGUUGGCGUUGCCCGAGCCAGACGAGCUAGGGUGAACGCGCGUGUGGAAAAAACGAGUUUUUUUAGUUAAUCAGAUGGAAUUAUAUAGAGGUAGUGAAAAAAGAGACGGUUGUGCAAUUUGUUGUGUUUGUGGAGAAUUGAUUAGGAUAGCCGUUGAACAAGGCUAAAGGAUUGUGCUUUGAGUUCAAAUUUAUAAAUGACGGUUUCCAAACUAAAUGAUUAUGUGUUUAUCGACCGUAUGAUAAGUCGUGUGCAAAUUGGACAAUGUUGUAAAAUCCACGAACCUAAACCAAAUUUUGUUUUUCGGACAACUUAAAAAGA